AUGUCAGGAAAGAAGAAGUCCGAGAACAAACGCGAUACGCGAAAGCCGGACCCCUUGGCUGGUCGGAAACAGGCAGGCAUUUAUGAAAGCCACGGGCGAAACUUCUUCAGUCCACCACCAGGCCCCCUCCAACAAGCACCAAUCGUAGGCGUGCUACAGGAAGGAAAUUUCCAGCCGCACCAGCAGGCGGCAGAGAAACCGAGGCGCAAGGCGUCGCCGAACGCGUCGAAGUCUCGGGAUAAGUCAUCCCAAUCAUCGACCUCUGUAACAUCCGUCUCCCAAGGGAUUGCUCUGCCUGAAGAUGCCCGGGAGCCAGUCAAUGGGUCGCAUGGGUCGUCCCUCGUCCCUCCUACGGGUCUUGCAGAGGCGCCCCCUACGACCUCUCUCCAGUCUCCAGUUCGUAGCCUUACAGAGUGGCUCGAGCUAUUCCCUCCUCCUCACACCACAGCAACCGCACCGUAUGUUGGUAUGGAACCCCCCUUGGACAACGUCGCCUAUCUGGAGCCGUACUUUGCGAUGAGUUCAAUCCCGCCCCCCAUGACUGGCCAUCACGCACCAUUCGACCCUUACGCUUGGUUCACCGAUCCCCCAGCACCAUUGCAAGGUGCUUUUGGAUAUAACCUCUUCGCAGGGCAUCAGGCGAUGCAAGGCGUGCCCACUUACGACGACCCUGGGACGCGAGUGGCGCACUCUCCAGCGCCUCCCCUGUAUGCAUACAUGCAGCCUCAGGAGGCACAUGUCGUACAGCAUAUCGCGGACACGGUCGUUCCGUCGCAGCGCACGGCGGGCCCAAUUCGCACCCGUCAUGGAGCAGUGAUGCCUCACGAUCCGCGUAUGGUCACCGUCAAUGGAUCUGGAGCGCGGCGCCCUGGUCCGUAUGACCGCACUGGGCAUACCAACGCUCGGGGCCCACGCCCUACGUACACUGUGCCGAAUGCCUUCAGCACUGCCAGUCACCCUGGGGUCUCUGAUGCUAUCCCUUUCCCCGUGGAUCCUUACGGAAGUGAUCCUUUUGGUAGCCAGCCCAUGUCGCAGCCCUUCCCCGCCAUGACUUGGGAGACGGACGAGGCACAGUUCGUGAACGCUCAUCAAUUCGCUGCAUAUGACCAAUCCCUCUUCAAUUUCAACGGCGAAGCUUCGUUGCCUGCCCAUCUUGCAAGCGACAAUUCCGGCACCAUCUCACAAUCUAUCGCGAUGAAUGGGGAGUGGGACCAACAUCUCAGCAGCUUGAUGCCCCACCCGCAUUAUUACACAGGCACAAACAGGACGCAUGGCGCUCCAAGCGCAUGCUGA